UCCCCUCUUCUUUCUUCUACGAUCCUGUUUGUUUCGCGUACAAAUACGAAUCCUUCUUCCAACAAUCUCUCUUGAGUUCGUUUCUUGUUCUCCAAGUCCAAGGGUUUGCAUUUGGAGCCUCCGUAAGAGACCAGAGCUCUUGGUUCCUUCUCGUUUGUUUCUGACUUCGACGCUGUUGCCGGAGCUGAGACAAUUCGUUCCGUGCUGAGACCAGCGAAACAAGUUAAACAUGUUUUACGAUGGAUAUGGAUAUCAUGGAACAUCAUUCGAGCAAACUUACAGAUGUUACCCUGCGUCUUUUAUUGAUAAGCCACAGCUUGAAAACGGUGAUAAAAUUAUAAUGCCUCCCUCAGCCCUUGACCGCCUCGCGUCUCUUCAUAUUGAUUAUCCUAUGUUGUUUGAACUUCGCAAUGCUGCUACUGAGCGUGUUUCUCAUUGCGGUGUUCUGGAGUUCAUUGCAGAUGAAGGCAUUAUAUAUAUGCCCUAUUGGAUGAUGGAGAACCUACUCUUACAAGAAGGAGACAUUGUGCGAGUGAAAAACGUGACUCUUCCAAAAGGCACUUAUGUUAAACUGCAGCCCCACACAAAAGACUUUUUGGAUAUCUCAAACCCUAAGGCCAUCUUGGAGACGAAGUUAAGGAAUUUUUCAUGCUUAACUACAGGAGACAGUAUUAUGGUGGCGUACAAUAAUAAGAAAUAUUACAUAGAUAUUGUCGAAACAAAGCCUUCAAAUGCAAUAAGUAUAAUUGAGACGGACUGUGAAGUGGACUUUGCACCUCCCCUUGAUUACAAGGAACCUGAAAAGCCUGUUGCAGCUGUUCCUUCAAGCAAGAAACUGGCAGGAGGUCAAGAGGCUCCACCCGAGAGUGAACCUAAGUUCAGUCCAUUUACAGGAUCAGGGAGACGCUUGGAUGGAAAACCUUUAACGUACCAACCUCCACCUUUGUCUUCCUCUGCAUCUAAGGAUAGGCAACCUGAUGUUGCCAAUGGUGGGCAGGCUUCUGCCGGAUCUAGUUCACAAGGCACUGCUCGUCAAGCUCAAGGGAAGCUUGUGUUUGGCUCAAGCUCUAAGGCUCCACAAAAGGAAGCUGCAAAGGAGCCCAAGCAGGAGCAGCAGCCGAAGAAAGACGACCCGAAAUUCCAGCCUUUCACCGGGAAGAAGUACUCGCUCAAGGGUUGAUUAAAAUUCAAAGGUGAUAUAUUACUGGAAACUGCAACAGGGGAUUCUUUGUUUCAAACUGGAAAGCAGUUAUACCGUGGGGUUUAAAAUGGGCUUGCAACUGUGUUCAUCACAAGCUCUGUUUCACGUUCUCUGAUUCUCUGUUACCAAUAUUGUAAGUAGACCUGUCUCUUCCGCUGCCACAAGUUGUGCUGACCUUGGAUUAUUCCUCCUUUUCUUUCUCCAUCGUUGUGUAGCCUCUUUGCCUUUCUAAUCAAUCAACGAUCCUUACAACUUAA